UCUUUUUAACAAAACUGAUCAUUAUUUCCCUGGUCCCUGGGUGAGCUGGACCAAGUCUUGUUUACAGGGUAAAGCUCAGGCUCCCUAACUUGGCAUUCAUCCCGGGUCCAGCGUCUCUCUCCAGGGACAGAGGUCCCACGCCGUCCUGUGAACUCUGACCUCACAAGCUUCUCCUCAUUCCCCGAACACGCCUUCCUCUUUUACAAGCGGUCUCGGCCUCGUAAGCUUUUAUCCUGUUCUGAUUAUCCCGCUCAUCUCAUCCUUCAAGACCCAGGCAGAAGCCACUAAUACUAGCCUCUUGCAGGUUCAACUGGAAUGCAGUUUACAUAAUAAAGUGUGCCAGCAAUUAAAGAGUUGUUAUCUGGAAUCUGACGACGUUUUACGCCUACAGAUGAGCAUAAUUGUAACGAUGGAAAAUGCUUCCAAAGAAUUUGAAGAAAACACACAAGAUUUGCUCGAUCAUCUCUCUAUUGUUUACGUAGCUACAGAAAAAUCAGAGACCUCAGACGACUCGGCGGUCAAUAUGUAUAUAUUACACUCGGGAGCCAGCCUCAUAUGGAUCCAGGAUGUGCACCACGUCUCACCGCGAGCGGCGCUGUCCCUGCAGUUCACGCCAGUCCUGCUGCCUACCUCCGCCACCAACUUCACCAAAAUCGCCUCUUUCACUUGCAAAGCCCCGGCGUGCGACGGCGGAAUCAGGGAGGGUGUGAAGAGAACCAGCACCCCGGCGCUGACCGCCUGCCUGUCCUCCCCCGUGGUCCAUGGGUACUUCAGAAUGGAUGCCUCUGCGGCCCAGUUCCUUCUAGAGGCCCCGGAGAACACGUCGGGCGUGUGGUCCGUGUGGUGCCUCAACCAUUUGGACCGCGGCAUCAUCGUGAACGACGUGUCUGUUUCUAAGGAGACCAAGCACAUGUUAAAGGUUCUGAAUUUCACUGGUCCUUCCUUUCUACCUCCUGGCUGCUGGAAUGUAUUUUCUUUGAAACUUGCUGUGAAAAGCAUUGCCAUAAAUCUGUUCACCAAUGUAUUUUUGACUACAAACAUAGGUGCUGUUUUUGCAAUUCCUCUACAGAUUUACUCAGCACAAACCAAGGAAGGGAGUCUGGGUUCUGAAGUGAUAGCACAUUGUGGUAUGCAUUAUUUCAUGGGAAAACCCGCAGCUGAAAACCCUCACUGGGACCAGAGCCUGUCUCUGGACCGGUCUACCUGGGGCGUGGAUGCCGAACGUGCCGAUAAAUUGUAUGCAAGUUGGAAGAGACACAGGAGCGGCGAUGUCUGCAAGAGGGCUGUUUUGGGAACCACCCGGCUUGGCCUCUUGAAGAGAUCCAGGCAGCCAGAGCCCUUUGCCGUGUUCCUGCCUCGCCUGCUCGCGGAGCCCGGCCUCGUGCUGAACUUCAGUGCCACCGCCCUGCGGAACAGCCUGGUGAAGUACUUCGUGGUGAGGAACCCGUCCUCUCUGCCGGUCUCCCUGCAGCUCCUACCUCUGUCCGCGUACCCCGAGCCUGGAGCCGCGGUGCACCUGCUGCACAGAUGGUUUGGCACCGACAUGCAGACAAUCAACCUGACCACUAGGGAAUUCCAGCUCACCAGGGCUUGUCCUCACCCGGGCGUGCAUUCCCAGGAGUCCAGGCUGGGCGCGCUCCACUUACGCUUGAAGCCUCUGGAGCAGAAGAGGGUUGGUGUGGUUUUCACGCCCGCCGACUACGGAAGAGUGACCUCCCUCAUACUGAUCCGGAAUAACCUGACUGUCCUGGACAUGGUCGCCGUAGAAGGGUUUGGAGCGCGGGAGCUGCUGAGAGUAGGAGGACAGCUCCCGGGGACAGGAGGGUCGCUGCGGUUCAAGGUGCCCGAGUCCACGCUGAUGGAGUGCCAGCGACAACUGAAAGACAGCAAGCAAAUUUUAUCUGUUACGAAGAACUUUAAGGUUGAGAAUAUCGGCCCUCUUAACGGUGUCCUCUCUGAAAAUUAACGGGUACAACUGCCAAGGCUAUGGGUUCGAAGUACGGGACUGUCACCCGUUUUCCCUGGACCCCAACACGUCCCGCGACAUCAGCAUCGUGUUCACGCCCGACUUUACCUCUUCCUGGGUCGUCCGCGAGCUGACCCUCGUGAGCGCCGCCCGGCUGGAAUUCCACUUCACCCUCAACGUGACCCUCCCGCACCACCUGCUGCCCGUGUGCGCCGACGUGGUCCCGGGGCCCAGCUGGGAGGAGUCCUUCUGGAGGCUCACGGUCGUCUUGGUCAGUGUGUCCCUGCUGGGUGUGAUCGCGGUCGCCUUCCAGCAAGCUCAGCAUAUCCUGGUGGAAUUCGUGAAGGCCAGACAGAGGCAGCACGCCGGCCCCUCAUCCCCACCGGGCAGCGGCGCGGUGGACGUGAUCAGCUCCCACUCUCACAAGAGCAGCUGUAAGAGCUUUCUGGAUGCCUACGGCCCCCCGGAUAAAGGCCGGGGGAAGAGCUGCCUGCCCGUGAGCCCACACCGCCCCGGAGGACAAGAGGACUCCUGCACGGACGUCCCGGGCGACAGCUGGAUCAGCCUCAAGUACCCCGACGGCGGGGACGGCAGCCUGCAGGAGAGCUUAGCCGUUCCCCAGAACGCACUGAGCAGGGACGAGGGCGCCCCGGGACACGCGGUCGGCGCCCUCGCUCCUCCGUCGGGGUGGGAGCUGGGCGAGCGGGCCCCGGCCUGGAUGUUUCCUAAGGAAACCGACGUCAGGACUGCAGAGCUCUGUGCCCUGAAGACCUCGAAGAAGCUCCCCGAAAACCAGGCGCUGAGAUACACCCCUCAGGACCCGCCAGACUUGCCAGAGACGUCCAGGAAAAACCACGGCCGCGACCUGACCCGCUUCUUUGACAGCUGCCACCAUCCCUUGGCCCCUGGCCUUGGUGCUUCUCAGAUAGUUCCCGUCGGUUAUGACCAGACAGGGGUCCUCACGGAGCAAAGGCUGCUCACGGAGGCACCGCCAGCCCAGGGGGACUGCCGAAAUAGCCAGCAAGUGCCCGUGAAGAGCGAAGGAGACGAUGGUGAGACUUCGAAAAAGGGCGACACAAAGUCUUCCUCAGAAAAGAAAACCCACAAAGCACCUAAAGAAGACGCGUGUUCUGACAAACAGGACGUGCCUUCAGUGGAGGUAGACCUGCCUAACGGGCCGCAUCCUGAGGUGUGUGCAGAGACCCGCGCCUACGACUAUACCUUGGGCCGUGGGAAGUUGCAGGCGGUUGAGGGUGUGGGCACGGCUGACGGGUUUGCCGGGCUUAUUUGUGGCCCUGCAGAGAACUCCACGCCCAGAGGUGGCUGGGGGCCGUGCAGCCUUGUGUGCUGGGAGAAGGUGCAGCACGUCGCCCAGGGUCCCUCAGUCAGGGGCACCCAUCUGCACCUGCGUGGUCACCAGUCCCUGACUCAAAUCUACCCCCACCCGAUGCGUCUCCUGCCCUGGGCUUCUGUGCCAGGCCUAGCUCUCAGCUCGAAGCUGUCGCAAGAAGAUCCUUAUAGGAAGAAGAAACUUCCGGGGAAAAAAGAAGGACAUUUACAAAAUUUAAAUUGGAAUAAAAAUCGAACAUGUAAGAAAAACAAGAAGCGAGGAGUGGCUCAGGUCUCGAGGUCUCCCGAGCAGAGCGAGCUGAGGCUGGUGUGCAGUGACCUGGAGCGGGCCGAGCUGAGCGGGGACGUCCAUGCGAGAACCUGGUGUGUUCAGGAGGGCUCCGGGCAGGUCUGUGAAGGCGACGCCAGGACCGCGAGCAACGUCCCUGCUGUGCAGAGAGGGGCAGAGCGUCCCUGCAGGAAGCCCGGGCACAAGUGCGCUGACAAGUUCUGCUCCGACUCCAGCUCCGACUGCGGCAGCUCCUCGGGCAGCGUGCGUGCCAGCCGCGGCCGCUGGGGCAGCUGGAGCAGCUCCAGCAGCUCCGAGGGGGACAAGAAGCCCGCGGGGGACCCGGGGCGCUUCCCGCUGGCCGGGAUGCGGCUGGUCUCCCCCCGUUCGCAGAGCCGUCCUGUCCCAGCCUUCCAGCCGGGCCCACAGGUGACAGAGAGGACAAAGGUGGCCGUGUGUCCCAUUGUGGCCGGGCUGGCUGGUGAGCCCCGGCCUCCUGGUGUUCUGGAAGGGUCAUGUCUAACCUGCGUCAUGAAGGCACUGCUCGGUGACCUGCCCUGCCUGUCUUCCUCAUCUGCGGCCGUGGAGCGAAGCAGUUUCAUUGACUGGGGCGCGGCAUGCGAGGGCCAGCUGCCCAGCGUGUACUGCCCGUUGGAGCUGAACGAUUACGACGCCUUUCCGGAAGAAAACAUGAACUACGCCAACGGCUUCCCCUGCCCCGCAGAAGUCCCGACAGACUUCCUGGAGCACCACUCGCAGUCCGCCUGGAGCGCCCCGCCCAGCGUGCCUGCUGCCUGGGGACACGCCGGCUUCGUCGGCUCUCCGCCCUACCUCACCAGCACCCGAAGCUUGUCUCCAAUGUCUGGACUCUUUGGCUCCAUCUGGGCCCCGCAGAGCGACGUGUAUGAAGCGUGCUGCCCCCUCAGCCCUGCCGUGGAGCACCCGGGCCACAUGGAGAGCCAAGCGGUCAUGUGCAAGGAGUACUACCCGGGCUUCGACCCGUUCCGGGCCUACAUGAACCUGGACAUAUGGACUUCCACGGCCAACCGGAGUGCCGGCUUCCCUCUGCCCAGAGACCCCGGUUACUGCGGGAACGUGUGA